GAUCCGGUGAAAGAAAAUGUGAAAACUUUGAAGUGUGAACAAUAUGCAUAGUUCGUUGAUUCUUCUGUACUAAAUUCCAAAAGUAGGGAGGAAAAACGAAUGCCGAGAAAAAUGAAACAGCACUAUAAAAACAGGUAGAGCACUCUCUUUCUCUCCCAUACACAGAGAAAGAGAUGGCAAAACUGCUGGUGACUUUGUUAGUUAUGCUGUUUGCAUCUCACACUUUGGCAACAGAAACACUUAGUGUCUUCGAAACAGGAAACUUGUCAACAGUAUGUUGUCAUGUGAAUCAAUCACAGCUUGGCGACGAUUCGCCUCCUAAACCCUUAUUAAUUGUUAGACCAGUUGAGGAUGGCACUUAUCCCGUCAUUCUGUUUCUACAUGGCACCUGCCUCCAAAACUCUUACUACACUCAACUUUUUGAACAUAUAGCUUCCCAUGGAUAUAUACUCGUCGCUCCUCAGCUAUAUGGUUGCACGGAGAAGUUACAUAUUAUCUUUCCUUGGGAAUUGGACAUACCUAAACUACCAGUAUGUGGAGAUACAGAACUCGAGUGGGCAGCACAAGUCGCAAAAUGGUUGUACUCAGGGCUCCAGUCUGUACUUCCUGGAAGUGUCAAAGGAGACUUACAGAAUAAACUUGCUCUUGCAGGCCACAGUAGAGGUGGAAAGAUAGCAUUUGCACUUGCACUUGGAAAGGCCAAGACCUCAUUGCAGGAAGUGAAUAUUUCAGCACUAUUAGGAGUAGAUCCUGUUGCAGGGCUUGGCAAAGAAUGUAGUGAGCCUAUAAUUCUCAGAGACGGUACGUUUGACUUAUCGGUUCCUGUUACCAUAAUCGGAACUGGAUUAGGUGAUCAACCAAAACAUCCCCAUUUCCCUUUUUGGCCUGCCUGUGCUCCUGACAACCUGAACCAUAAGGAGUUUUUCUCCAAAUCCAAACCUCCCAAAGGCCAUUUUGUUAUUACUGAGUAUGGUCACUUGGACAUGUUAAAUGAUGAUCUAACUUCGGAUUUUGUCGUACAAUUUUUCAAUGAUUUGUGCACUGCCAACGGAAGCGGUUCCAAUGCUCCAAUGAGGAGAGGUGUAGGUGGCAUCACUGUGGCGUUCUUGGAGUAUAAUUUUCAAGGUAAGACAAAAGACUACUUGACUAUCGUGCGUGAUCGUUCUGCUGUUUCGCCAGUGAAGCUUGAUGAUGUAGAGUUUGAUCCUGCAUACUUAACUGAGAAAACACCGGAUAGUCUGAAAGCCUGUCCGCAAGAAUUGCUUUGCUGGCUUUGGCCCUGGGGACAUGCUCAACUCACUAGUAUGAUGUCAACCUGUUCAUCGGCUGAGCCUAUAUUUGGAAAUCCCCCAAGUUUACAAAGUUCCGGUUUGUGCCAUCCACAAUUUUCUUCAUAGACUGAGGCCCUCUCAUCAUUGAUCAUGGCCCUUUUUAGCUAAGUAUGUAAUAUAAUAUAAUAAAUGUAUAUUCACAUCGAUGCUUGUAAUAAUGGAAUGUGUGGUGUAACAAAUAUAUUUAGUAUAAAUAAAGAGAGGGUUAAUCAACAA